GGUUCCCCUCCGAAGUCCUCCUCGUAGUCGUCGCCCUCCUAGUGGUAACCGGAGUCUGGGCACGGCGGGCAAUCGCCGUGAGGAAGCCCCCACCCUCUGGCUCACACUUGGCGUGUGGAGCCUGCGUGUAAAAAGUGCGUGUGAGCGUUUGUGGCCGUAACGAGGCGGGUGUGUGUGCGGUGAUGAAGCCGUGACAGGUGCAAGAUGUGGGACCCAUUGGCUCUGAUGUGAGCAACACUUUCUUUGGACUGUGAAUUUCUUCUAAAGAGGAAACAAGAAGAGGACUAAUAAAUACUCUGAAUUCUUAAAAAAAAAGAAAGCCAUGGCCCAUGGGUUGGUGAUGUUCAAAGAUGUGGCUAUAGAUGUCUCUCAGGAGGAAUGGGAAUGCCUGAGCCCUGCGCAGAGGAAUUUGUACAAAGAUGUGAUGUUGGAGAACUAUAGCAACCUGGUUUCACUGGGACUUUCUGUUUCUAAGCCAGCUGUGAUCACUUCACUGGAGCAAGGGAAGGAGCCCUGGAUGGUUUUGAGGGAGGUGACAGGAGAACGGUGCCCAGAUUUGGUGUCCAAGUGUGAGCCCAAGAAGUUAUCUCCAAAAAGAAACAUUUAUGAGACAGAAUCAUCCCAGUGGGUUAUCACAGACCCAUUUAAAAACCAUAGUCCUGAGAAAUCCAUUUUCAGAGACAUUGAGGCAUGCAAAAAUCAGUUUCAGAGACAACAGGGAAGACAGGAGGGCUAUUUCAGGCAAUUUGUUAUCAACCAUGAACACAUGCCUGUUUUUAGCCAACAUAUUUUGUUCACUCAGGAAUUUUAUAAUAGACAGAAAAUCUCUGAAUGUAAAGAAUGCAGGAAAAACUUCAGUUACCAUUUAUUCUUUAGUCAUCACAAAGCUCAUUCUAAAGAAAAACUCUCUGACUGUAAGGAAUAUGCAGAAACUGUUGAUACAUCAUACCUUACUAAACAGAGAAUUCAAAAUAGUAACAAGUGCAAUGAAUGUAAGGAAUGUUGGAAGGCCCUUAUUCGUUAUUCACAACUUAAACAACAUUUGAGAAUUCAUAAUGGUGAAAAAUGUAAAGUAUGUGGCAAGGUCUUUAAUUAUGGCUCAGAACUUAUUCUACAUCAGAGAAUUCACACUGGUGAGAAACCCGAUGGACGUAAGGAAUGUGGGAAGUCCUUUAUGCAGCUGUCACAACUUAUUCAACAUCAAGGACUUCACACUGGUGAGAAACCCUAUGAAUGUAAACAAUGUGGCAGGGCUUUUAUUUGUGGCUUUCAACUUACUGAACAUCUGCCACUCCAUACUGGUAAGAAACUCUUUGACUGUAAAGAAUGUGAAAAGACUUUCAGGCAUCGAUCACCCAUUACCAUACAUCAGAGACUUCAUACUCACAAGAAACCUUAUGAGUGUAAAGAAUGUGGGAAGGCCUUUAAUUAUGGUUCAGAACUUAUUCUACAUCAGAGAAUUCACACUGGUGAGAAACCCUAUGAAUGUAAGGAAUGUGGGAAGGCAUUUAGGCAACGAUCACAGCUUACUCAACAUCAAAGACUUCACACUGGUGAAAAACCCUAUGAAUGUAAGCAAUGUGGGAAGGCUUUUAUUCGUGGCUUUCAACUUACUGAACAUCUGAGACUCCAUACUGGUGAGAAACCCUAUGAAUGUAAAGAAUGUGGAAAGACUUUCAGGCAUCGAUCACACCUUACAAUACAUCAGAGAAUUCAUACCGGUGAGAAACCCUAUGAAUGUAAAGAAUGUGGAAAGGCCUUUAGUUAUCAUUCAAGCUUCUCUCACCAUCAGAAAAUUCAUUCUGGCAAAAAACCUUAUGAAUGUAGUGAAUGUGGGAAGGCCUUUUGUGACAGCUUACAACUUACUCUACAUCAGAGGAUUCAUACUGGUGAGAAACCCUAUGAGUGUAAGGAAUGUGGAAAGACUUUUAGACAGUGCUCACACCUCAGAAGACAUCAGAGAAUUCACACUGGUGAGAAACCUCAUGAAUGUGUGAUAUGUGGUAAAGCCUUUAGACUUCAUUCACACCUUAUUCAACAUCAGAGAAUUCAUACUGGUGAGAAGCCCUUUGAAUGUAAGGAAUGUGGAAAGGCCUUUAGCUAUCAUUCAAGCUUCUCACACCAUCAAAGAAUUCAUUCUGGGAAGAAACCAUAUGAAUGUGGGAAGGCCAUUAAUCAUGGCUUACAAUUUAACCUACGUCAGACAUUUCAUACUGUUGAAACACCAGUACGUUUUCUUCUCCCCACAUCCUAGUCUAGCAUCAGAAAAUUCUUUUUGGAAACAUACAUUUCCUUUUUUUCUUCAAGGAAAAUGUUGGUAAAAUACUGGGUUUCAUUAGUAUUGAUUUAGUUUAGUAAUCUUUUACUCUUUUUUUUAAGUGGGAAAAUGAAGUUAUUAAAAGGAAAAAAACAAUGCUCUGGUUUUGAUGCUGAUUCUGAGUUAUUGUAAUUAUCAGUAUUGGAAGUAAAUUUUAUAAAACUGUGUUUUCACUGAAACCAGUGAAGUGGGGAGGAAAUAAAAUGAAAACAAUUUCUUCCUCUCCUACAAAUCCCUGAAAAAACCUGUAUGUAUGUGUUGCUUCUUUCUUCAUGAUCAAACAUAUCUGCACAUUGCAUUAUGUUUUGCAUGUGUGUGAAAGCUUUUACCCUCUGUAGUGACAUAUUUCGUGACAUUUGCCUUUUUCAUUUAAAUAAUUGUGGACAUUUUCCCAGGUCAAUACAUACAGAUCUGACUCAUUCUUUUCAAGUUUCAGAAUAUUUCUAGUAUGGGAUGUAGGCCAGUAUUUUGAACCAUCUCCUACUGUAGACAUUUAAUUGUUUCUACUUUUUCACCAGAAAUGAUGGUGUAAUAAACAUUCUUACAUUGUCAUAUUUCUAUUGGUAAAUUCCCAAUCAUGAGAGUGUGUGUAUGUUUUGAUAUAUUAAUUUUAUAGUUGAAAAUAUUAGGAAAUAAAAGCAAUACUAUAAAAUUCAAAAAUUACCCAAAAUAGGGCUUCCCUGGUGGCUCAGUGGUAAAGAAUCUGCCUGCCAAUGCAGGACACAUGGGUUUGAUUCCUAAUCUGGGAAGAUCCCACAUGCUGCAGAGCAACAAAACCCAUCUGCCACAAUUACUGAGCCUGUGCUCUAGAGCCUGAGAUCUGCAACUACUGAGUCCAUGUGCUGAAACUACUGAAGCCUGUAAGCCUAGAGCCUGCUGCAACAAGAGAAGCCACUACUCACUUCAACUAGAGAAAGCCCACUUGCAACAAUGAAAAUCCAGGGCAACCAAUAACAAAUAUAUUAAAAAAAAUAUUCAAGGCAUCCCUGGUGGCUCAUGGUUAACAAUCUGCCUGCCAAUGUAGGAGACACAGAUUCGAUCCCUGAUUGGGAAGAUCCCACAUGCCAUGGAGCAACUAAGCCCAUAUGUCAUAACUAUUGAGCCUGUGCCCUAGAGCCCGGGAGGCACAGCUACUGAAGCCCACUUUGCCUAGAGCCCGUGCUCUGAACAAGAGAAGCCACCACAAUGUGAAGCCCACACAUCAAACCUAGAGAGUAGCCCCUGCUCACUGUAACUAGGGAAAAGCCCACACAGAAAUAAAGACCAAGUAUAGACAAAAAUAAACAAAAUUAUUUUUUAAUUACCCAAAAUAAUGUGAAAAGU